UCUUGGCAGCAGGCAUGGAGUGCUGCCAAGCGGCACUUCAGACCUGAGCCAGCUCGGGGUGGAAUCUUUGUCUUACAAUGCCACAGGCAUCUUUAGCAAUAUUUGUCUGAGAACCUUUUUGUUCCCGCAACAUUUUUAAGCAAAUAAGCUUCAGGUUUAUUAGACAAAAUAACUUCCUUUCUCCCUCUCCUGCAAGUUCUUUCUGGCAGAUGCCAGAGCACAACGGUCUUUCUACCCAGCACACGUUUAGAAAGAAAGAAAGAAAAAAAAUUAAUCUAAACAAAAGAGAAUAUAAUAGAAAUCCCAGGACAGGGCUACCCUCUUGUAACGGAAUCAGUUUCCAGUAAUUUCACCACCUAGAGACUUUGCCCAAUAAAUUUUACCUGGGAUUAAGGUGAAGAUAAAUAGCCCAAAUAAAUACACGACUUCCCUACAGCACUAGCUUUUAUUGGUUUGUUUUUCCAUUUCUCUUCCUCUGCAAUGAAAUCAAUAUGUGCAUAGAAAAAAAUACAAAUUUGGUGAAGGAGAGCACUGUGCAAUGGGCCCUGCUGAGGCUGGCUGGUGUCCCCUGCAGCAGCAGGGACCAAAUGGGGAUGGUUCUGCAAAUCCAGUGGAGUUUUGCUCCAUUCACUGUGUCCAAAUCACAGCCCAGUUCCAAAUCCGCACCAGCUGCAGGCUCCGCUCAUGGCAUUCGGAGGGGGAGCUCAUCAAGCUCCAAAAGCAAACCAAUACCAAUUCUGAAGAACUUGUAACUUGCCAAGGGGGAUUUUAAGGACUGCUUUUCUGCCCCCAUCACUGAGCAGGCAUUGGGCUGGGAAGCCCAGCAUGAGGAGAGGGUCUCUGCAUUUCAAAAGCAAAACUUCAUGCUGAAAGGAGCAAAAGGCAAGAGCCCAGUGCUGUCGCUGCAGAUCCAGCCACAGGCAGCAUUUCUCCUCCAAAAUGUUUAAACUGUCUGUUUUCAGGUUUGUGGCUCUUCCACCAGCUCAUUGAAAUGGGCUUGUUCAUGCCAGCUCCGACACAAGUUUAAAAUCCAUUUCAGGGAUGCUGUGCCAUGGGGUGGGGAUGGACCAGGACAAGGUGUGGGGGGGAAGGUCUGUGGGCAUCGCAGACCCCUGUGCCACCUUAGUGGUGGCAGAGGCAGAUUCCUGCUCACGGCCACCUUCCUCUGGGAGGAAUAGCUCCAGAGAGGAGUGAGAUGCUGCUGGGAAGCCAGUGUGCUUAGCUGAUACACUAUCAAAACCACACUGCCGUGAUAUGUGAGGGUACACAAAUACCUUCCAAGGCUUCCUCUGAAAUGCAGAUAAGCCAUGAGGCCAGUCUCCCAUGGGAAACCACUAGCUUCCUGCCCAAGCAGCUUCAGCAGCUCCUCCUUGCCACAGACUUAUGGCAAAUGUGGGCAACAUGGAGGGGUCUCGUGGGGACCAGUGCCAGGCUUUGGACAGCUGAAACAUCACUGUGGGGCUGCCACUCUGGUCGGGCACUGGCCACCCUGGCCUACUGCAAACCGCCCACUGGGGUCUCAGGCCAAGCAGGAACACAACAGCUUUCCUCCUGCAAUGCAGAUCAUUUCUCUUCUUGCUUUUGAGGCUGCCUAAAGGCCCCAUAUGGUGAUGCUGCAACCUACCCCAGGGUGCAGGGGAAGCCAGAGUGGUGAUGUGGGGUGCUGGGUGCAUCUCACCCAGGGGGCCAAGGGAGGACGCUGCACCAAGGCCACGGUCAAUCACACUGCCACAGGCAGUUUCGCUGAACUCAAGUCCUGGGAGGGGACCCAGAGCAGGGCUGGGCAGGAGACAAAGCUCUUCUUUCCUUCCUCAUGACGCAGCAGCCUGAAAUCAACUUGCAGCCCAGCCCUGCUACAACCCGCUGCUCCUUAUUUACCCUUCAAACAGGAAAAGCAACCUCCAGCACAGUUCUUCUACAAAUUUUCUAUGCCAAGCCUCAAGAAAGGGCUGCUUUUGUUAACAUUAGGCUCUUUAGCUCUGAGCACACAUCUUGUAGGUGACAAUUUGACUUAGGACUCCAGGGUGGUUUACCAGGACGGACAUUCACCAGACUGCAGCCCCGAAUUUUGAAGGUAGGAGUGGGUCCCCAGCCCCUGGAAGCCCGGUGUAGUGGGGUGGCAGCAGGAGAGAAGGGGACAGACAGACUUGCUUGGGUAGGAAACAGCUCAUUCUCCAAAUUACAGCUACUCCCCAUUUGUGUGGGUGAAGAUGCUGCAGGGUUUGGGCAAGUGGAAAUACUUCUGUUCUUAAGUCAGGCGUCCCCCAACCUGGCUACUCUGCCCAGCUCAGCGGCCCUGCUCUUUUACCCUUCCCUUUCUGGUUUUAAGGAAGACAAGCUUGUUCCCACAGAGCCCCUUGCUCGGGCAAGGCCAAAUCACAGAUUGUCCUCAGAUGGCAUUUUGCAGCCCCUAAUAUUUGAAACCUGCUGUACGUUAUCCCAGAGGGAAAUGCAGCAGAGCCAUGAUCAAAAAUAUGCUCCUUGAGCUCAUCAUUAUCAGCAGAUAGAAAAGCGUGAUCCAGUGCUGAGAAAAGGACAUGAAACAGAAGGACACGGGGCAGCAGCCGGUCACAGUGAAGAGUUCAGAGGCUUAAAAAUGAAGAAAGCUCAAUUAGUGCAGCAUGCUCCGUCAUACAAGAGCCAGGAUUUCAAUACCAGGGUGGGACUGAACACACGUGCCCAAUAGGAAUUUAUACCUCUUUGGAGACCCUUUAUUGCAAAUUUUCCUAAACAUGGCAGUUAUUUUUUCAUCUAAUACCUGCCUGGCUUUGGUGGGUUACAGGUAUGCUUUAUGUAUUGCCUUCUUUUUCCUCAGGGUGACCUGUGACUGUCGGCCACCCCCUCGGUCGUGCUCUCUCUCCCCACCACCAUGCGGAUGACAAGCGUGAUCCGGUACGUGGCACUGUUCAUCACACUGCUGGGCACAUGGUUCAUUGUGCAGACAUACUUCGAACGGAGCUGGAAAGCCAUCAGCGUGCGGAGCUGGCUCGGUGGCACCGACAAGUCCAGCAGUGAGCAGCUGCCCCGGCACAAGUGCAGGAACCAGCAGAGCUGCCCCGAGAACCAUUUUGCCUUCAAGAUCAUCAGUGGUGCUGCAAACGUGGUGGGACCCUCCAUCUGCUUUGAUGACAUGGUCCUCAUGAGCAGCGUGAAAAACAAUGUUGGCAGAGGCCUGAACAUCGCGCUGGUGAAUGGAACAAGUGGGCAGUUCCUGAAAGCUGACACAUUCGAUACGUACUCUGGAGACAUCAACAAACUGUAUACCUUCCUCCAAGAGAUCAAGCACGGCACCAUUGUGCUGAUGGCCAGCUAUGAUGACGCUGCCACAAAAAUGAACGACAAAGUCCGUGCAUACUUCACGGAGCUGGGCAGCAGCCACGCCAGCAAUCUGGGAUUCCGGGACAACUGGGUCUUCUUGGGAGCGAAAGGGCUGAAGAAAAAGAGCCCCUUUGAACAGCACAUCAAAAAUGAUAAGGACACAAAUAAAUAUGACGGCUGGCCUGAGCUGCUAGAGAUGGAGGGCUGCGCCCCCAGGAAGAUGGAUUAGCUCCAAGCCCCCAGCCUGCCACAGAGGGCAGACACCACCAGUCUCACAGAGAUGCCAGCCCCAUGGCGGGGAGCACAGCCCCACCACACCAGCCCCAGCCCCCCCACCGCCUGGUCCCACAGCCCAGCAGUGGGUGCGUUCCCAGGAACCAGAGUUUCCCAGCAGGGGCUGUGCAGGGACUGGGGAAGAGCUGUACCAGUGCCUGCAGGGCCUGAGCGAACACCCGGCCAGGGUUCAGCUGAGCUGUCCUCAUCUAUGGGUCAAUAUAGAGUAUUUUAUUUUUCUGUCUUUGAACUAAAAACGUUGUAGAAGUUUUUUCAGAGUUCUUAAAUAAGA